AUGUUCAUUGACGACAUUCUGAUUUACUCCAAGAGUAAGGAAGAACAUGAAGAGCACCUACGACAAGUGUUGGAAGUUCUGCAGGAGAAGGAACUUUAUGCCAAUGAAUCGAAGUGUGAGUUAUGGAUGGAAGAGGUUAAGUUCCUUGGUCAUGUCAUAUCAAGUAAGGGUGUGGCAGUAGACCCUAGCAAAAUUGAGUCAAUUUUGGCGUGGGAACAACCGAAGACGACAAGCGACAUUAGAAGUUUUGUUGGACUUGUUGGAUACUACAGACGUUUCGUAAGGGAUUAUGCAAAGUUGAAUUCUCUGUUGAUGCAGUUGACAAAGAAGAAGAAUCAACCGUUUGCGUGGACAGAGAAGUGA